AUGGCCGAUAUGAGCGGCGAACAGAUGCAGGCCAAGAUCACUGCGGCCAGGCGCGAAGCCGAGGGGUUGAAGGACAAGAUCAAGCGCAGAAAGGAUGAGCUGGCCGAUACCUCCCUCCGUCAAGUCGCGCAGAACCAGACUGAUGCCCUACCACGAAUUGGAAUGAAGCCCCGACGUACACUGAAAGGUCACCUCGCCAAGAUUUAUGCCAUGCACUGGUCCACCGACCGGCGCCAUCUCGUUUCGGCUUCACAGGACGGAAAGCUCAUCAUCUGGGAUGCCUACACCACAAAUAAGGUCCAUGCGAUUCCCUUGCGCUCAUCUUGGGUCAUGACCUGUGCCUACGCUCCUAGCGGAAACUACGUUGCUUGCGGUGGUCUCGACAAUAUUUGUUCGAUUUAUAACCUCUCAUCGCGCGAAGGCCCAACUCGUGUUGCGCGCGAGCUCUCCGGACACUCGGGAUAUCUCUCCUGCUGUCGCUUCAUCAACGACCGCCGUAUCAUUACCUCCUCCGGCGACAUGACCUGUAUGCUGUGGGAUAUCGAGUCUGGAACCAAGGUUACCGAAUUCGCCGACCACCUGGGUGAUGUGAUGUCGAUCAGCAUCAACCCGACCAACCAGAACAUCUUUGUCUCCGGUGCAUGCGACGCUUUCGCCAAGCUGUGGGAUAUCCGCACUGGCAAGUCCGUCCAGACAUUCGCCGGUCACGAGUCCGACAUCAACGCCGUUCAGUUCUUCCCCGACGGUAACGCCUUCGGUACUGGUUCCGAUGACACUUCCUGCCGUUUGUUCGACAUCCGUGCCGACCGCGAGCUUAACACCUACCAGAGCGACCAAGUUCUGUGCGGUAUCACUUCCGUUGCAUUCUCAGUCUCUGGCCGGUUAUUGUUCGCAGGUUACGAUGAUUUCGAGUGCAAGGUAUGGGAUGUUCUGCGUGGCGACAAGGUUGGUUCGUUGAGCGGCCACGAGAACCGCGUGAGCUGCCUCGGUGUCAGCAAUGAUGGCAUCAGCCUGUGCACUGGAUCUUGGGAUUCCCUUCUCAAGGUCUGGGCCUGGUAA